AUGGGUUUAUUACGAAAACUGAAUUUCAAUCAUUCUACUAUAUGCACUGUAUCCAAUUGGUUAAUACGUCUAUGGAGACGAAACUAUUUUCCAAAUAGUGAUUCUGAACCAGAACCUCCACACCGUUCCUAUUGUUGUGAAUCUGGAUGCGCAAACUGUGUGUGGAUUGAAUAUGCAGAAAAUCUAUUUAAGUACCACAUAAAGAGAAUCGAGGAGUCAAAUGAUAACACCGGUAUUAAGGAUAAAGAUGAGGUUUUUGGUGAAAUUGUAAACAAGCUCCAGAAAGAGAUUAAUCAGAUUGAAGAUCCAAAUGUGAGGGUAUUUUUACUAACAGAAAUAGCAGUAAAACAGGAGAAACUGCUGGAAGCGCUUAAAAAAAACACGUAA